AUGUACACUCGAUUACUUUUCGGCGUUAAUUGCGCAUCCGAUUACUUUGCAAAAAAAUUCGCGACUCUGUUAUCUGACAUACCUAAUGUCGUGAUCCAUGUCGACGACGUGCUAAUCUAUGCCAAAUCCGUAGAAGAGCAUGACAAAACUCUAAAAAUAGUACUUGAACGCCUAACAAACGAAGGGGUUACUCUUAACAGAGAAAAGUGCGCUUUCGCAGCCCGUGAAGUAAACUUCUUGGGUCACAAAAUUUCAGAACGCGGCAUCGACGUAUUACCAGAACGCGUAUCGGCUAUAAUAAACUUCCCGGAUCCGAAUAAUAAAGAAUCACUUAUGCAAUUCCUUGGGGCAGUCAAUUAUAUAGGUAAAUACAUUCCUAACAAAUCUAAAAUAUUAGAGCCACUUAACUCCCUAUUGAAAGAUAACAUACAUUUUGUUUGGCUAGAACCACAAAAACGAGCUUUUAAGGAAGUGAAACAAUAUAUUCAAAGAGCCCCCACUCUAGCUCACUAUGAUUACUCGAAAAAUAUUGUAGUUCAGGCAGAUGCCUCCAGCUUCGGUUUAGGCGCUGCUCUAAUGCAAGAAGACCAAAACAAGGUCCGCGAAACAGUAGCAUACGCCUCGAGAACACUAACCACGUGCGAGAAGAAAUAUAGUCAAAUCGAAAAGGAAGCCUUGGCGCUGGCCUUUGCAGCCGAACGUUUCAAAGAAUACGUACAAGGCAUAGAUUUCACGUUGGAAACGGAUCACAAACCACUCCUACAGAUACUACAAACAAAGCCCCUUGACGAAUUAACUCCCCGGUUACAAAGAAUUCGCAUGCGCUUGUUGCGAUAUAGUUUUAAAGUAGUUUACGUUCCAGGCAAACAGCUAGUUCUAGCCGACUCUCUAUCACGUAAUCCCCUGGAACGAGAUCGCGACGAGGGAAAUGAGCUCUCAAACGAAAUCGAGAGUUACGUGCAAUUCAUAGUAGGGAACAUACCCGCAUCUAAAAAUCUUAUGGAUAAGAUAAGCGAAGAGCAGCAAUGCGACUAUAUAUGCUCCAAACUAAAGGACUAUUGCUUAUCAAAAUGGCCUUCUAAGUCCCAACUACCAGAAGGUCUAUUACCAUAUUUUCAACUCAAAGACUACAUUUCAUACGGCGAUGGAUUCCUAUUGUACAACACGAGAUUGAUUAUACCACCCUCCUUACAACUAGAAAUCAUCUCUAGGAUACAUGAAGGCCAUCUUGGUAUCAAUAAAUGCAGAGACAGAGCAAAACAGUCGGUAUGGUGGUUAGGAUUAAGCUCGCAAUUAAGGCACCUAGUCGAAAACUGUCCGAACUGUAUUCAAGAACGGAAAAACAUUAGCCAACCUUUCGUGAAAGAAAAUUUUCCCGACCGACCGUGGCAAAAAAUCGCUCUAGACCUCUUCAAGGUAAAUAAAUGGUACCUUAUCGCAACCGACUAUUAUUCCAGAUUCUUCGAAAUAUGUUCUCUAAAGACCAUGUCCGAACACGAAAUAAUAGAUAAGUGUAAGAACUUAUUCGCCCGAUUCGGCGUCCCAGAAAUUGUAAGAAGCGAUUGCGGAACACAAUUUUCGUCAGCUUUCAACCGGUUCGCGAACGGCUACGACUUUAAACACAUAACAAGCUCUCCGAAAUUUUCUCAGAGUAACGGAGCCGCCGAAGCGGCCGUCAAGAUCGCUAAGAACAUUAUAAAAAAAUGUGACGACGUAAAUCUAGGCCUCCUAUCUUAUAGAACGACACCACUAGAAAACGGUUAUUCGCCAGCAGAACUUAUGUUCUCGCGAAAAAUCCGCUCUCGCGUUCCCGUCUUACCGAAAAAUCUCGGCACCUUCGCAAACCACGAACAAGUUACCGCUAGCGAAAAUAAACGAAAAAGCGACCAAGAACUCAUGUACAAUAGACGUCACCGCGCGAAAAAGCUAUCCGAACUAAGCAUAAAUGAUAGAGUCUGGAUCGUGGAUAUGCGAGCGUACGGGGAAUUCAUCAACAUAGAUAACAACCCGAACUCCUUUGUAAUUAAAACAGAGAGAGGUAGUGUGGUACGGCGAAAUCGUUGGCACCUAAUUCCUGCCCCGUUCAAACGCAGCCUGGAGUCGAUUAACAACGACACACCGGACGUUCCCGAAGACGCACCGAGCAACACGCCACCGAACACGACUAGAGACCCAGCACCGUAUAAUCCCGACGCUGCAGAAGAUGACAAUCAGCAGACCAAUCAACCCGAAGAACUACCAGAACGUGCACAAGAACCACCAGACACCGAUGGUGGGACCCAACAGGAAGAACGCAACAUCACCGGACCCCCAGAACCGCGCAGAUCAACCAGGCGAAGAAAUCCCCCUGUUCGAUUCGGCGACCCUGUGACUAGAGAUUAA